CAAGUUUGAACUCAUGCCGACGCCGAUUUGCGCUGACGCCGCGGCACUUGGCUGGAUGAGUAUCUUGGUCACUAUCGGCGUCCACGUCAACUACUCUCACCUAGCAAGACCUCUCUUGCAGUCGUGUCGGAACCGGCAAUUCGUGACACACCGACCGCAGGUGAUUGAACUGCCUGCAUGCUUGUCGCGUCAAGCAAGAUGUCGACGGAGACAUGCCUUCCUAACUUACGUGUCGACUCUCUUGGUUGUGCUUUGCAUCGUGUCGGACCUCCUAUUGCAUCGACGACCAUGCUUCCAUGACAGUCGGCUGUUUUGGGGUCUUGUCGACAACGCGACGCACUCGACGGUGUCGCUUCUGGCGUGGACCAUCGCAUCCCAUGUGUCCAUGUUUCCCCACAGGAUGGUCCCGGAAGCCCUUUGCGCCGUCGCCGCCGGGAGUCUCUUAGAUGCUGACCACUUCCUCGCUGCGCAUGCAAUCAGCUUGCGCGCUGCGACGUCUCUUGAUGCUCGUCCAUGGGGUCACUCGGUGACCUUUAUCAUCGUGGUGGCCGCAGUCGCAUGGAUGGUGCUGCCAGCCAAGUUCAACCAGCGCGGGGCGGCGCUGCUAUUCGUGUGCUUAACGAGCCAUCAGCUUCGCGAUGCGUUCCGACGAGGGCUCUGGUUCGCGCCGUUUGGGUCCACCCCUGCCCUUCCAUAUUGGCUCUACCUCGUGCUGGAAGUCCUUGUUCCUGUGGGGGUUGGAUCGUGGCUAUUGCGGUGGUCUCUACGGCGGUGCACACCAUUGAACAGUACCUCUAGCAUAGCCCCAGAAGCACUAGAUCAUGGGAACAGCACGACGUUCAUCGUUUGAUAGCCAAUUGAAAACAAUGUCGUUUCCUCCACCUUCAGUACUACUAGUACUUGGAGUUUGGAU